CAGGUCAAACAAGCACGCAAUUAGAAAUGCCGAGCUUUUGCCUAUGAUUGUUGAUGUGUUGAGGAGCAGCAGUCGACCUGUAAGGUGCAAGGCGCUUGCGACCCUCCGGAUUGUGGUGGAGGAUGACUCUGAUAAUAAGGUUGUCAAAGGUUUGAUAAUUCACUGUGUAUUUUAGUUAUCUUUUAUUAGCUGCUUGGAUAAUUACAAAAUUAGAAACAACCCCUAUAUCAAUUAUGUUGUCAUAUAAAAGUGCACCCUCGAAAUGUGGAAGGAUAGGGUUUUCAUAAAACAGAUUAUGGAAUCCUUGAAAGAAAGGGUAAUGUGGAUUUAUAAGAUGUCAUGAGAAAAGUGAGGAGCUAUUCUUUCAAAGAAGUACUUCUAUAAUGUCCUCUUUUAGUUUAGGCAAAGUAGUUAUGAAACUGCAUUACUAACAUCUUAAAAGCUCCAUUAUUGCAUUUGUCCAAACACUUAGGAGGUGAUUGGUAAGGAGUUAAAACUGGUUAAAAUCAGUUUUGAUUGGAUUAGUAUUUUUUACUCACUUUAACUCAAAAUCUAACUCAUCCCCACUAUCCUCAAUAUUAUCAUUAUACUUAAAUAAUAUCAAUCAUCUCUCUCGUAUAUCACAUCAACUCAAAUUCACUAUUCAUACACUCACAUAUUUAUACUAUCUAUCACUUCAAUCAUCUCUCACCUACUUUUACAUCACAUAAACUUUAGUUAUAUUAUUUAAUUGCAAUCCCCCUCAUCUCACUCAAUCAACUUUAUUGAAAAUAACUAACUCUAACUCAGGAUGGUUAUGACUUUUUACCAAUCGCCCCCUUAAACAACUUCCUGUUUAUAAUGAGAUUUGACAUUUUAUUAGCUCUAAAAUAAGAACAUAUUACAAGAUGUAGGAUUAUAUAGGAGUAUAAGAGAUCCUUUGGAUAAGCUUUGGCAAAUAUCUUAGUCCAUGUUGUCAUUUGUUUUUGUGACUCACGAUUAUCUAUCUUUUUGAAGGAAAUAAUGGCUGAAGGAGAUACAGUCCGUACGAUAGUUAAAUUCUUAUCCCAUGAACAAUCCAAAGAGAGAGAAGAAGCAAUUUCUUUGUUAUUUGAGCUCUCUAAAUCAGAAAAACUAUGUGAAAAAAUUGGUUCGGUGAAUGGAGCCAUUCUAAUUUUAGUAGGAAUGGCUAGCAGCAAAUCGGAAAAUGUUUUAACUGUUGAAAAGGCCGACCAAACACUGGAAAAUCUUGCUGUGUGUGAGACCAACGUAAGACAAAUGGCUGAAUGCGGUAGAUUGCAGCCACUUUUGACAUUGCUACUUGAAGGAUCCCCAGAAACCAAACUGUCGAUGGCGUCGUUCCUCGGCGAACUCGCUCUCAACAACGACGUGAAAGUAUUCGUGGCCCGAACUGCCGGCUCAUCCCUCAUCAACCUCGUGAAGAGCAACAACCCCCAGUCUCGGGAGGCCGCCCUCAAGGCCCUCAACCAGAUCUCGUCCGACGAGUCGAGCGCCAAGAUCCUGAUCGAGGCCGGCAUCCUCCCCCAGCUCGUGCGCGACCUCUUCACGGUCGGAAACAAGCACCACUUCUCCACGCGCCUCAAGGAGGUCUCGGCCACAAUCCUCUCCAACAUCGUCAACUCCGGCCACAGCUUCGACUCCAUCCCAGUGGGCCCCGGCCGCCAGACCCUCUUCAUCGAGGCCCAGCAAUCGGACCUACAGCUCGCCUCCAUCAAGCUUCUCCAGAACCUCUCCACUCACAUGCCACAGGAGCUUGCCGACUCUCUGCCAUGCCAGCUCGGAGCCCUUGUCCGCGUCAUAGCCGAGGGCUCCGGGAUAACCGAGGAGCAGGCCGCGGCUGUCGGGCUCCUCGCGGGCCUGCCAGAACAAGACUUGGGCCUCACACAGCUAUUGCUUGCCGAGGGCACUUUUCAGCUUUUCAUUUCCAGGAUAGUGAGGAUCAGGCAAGGGGAGACGAGGGGGAGUCGAUUCUUGACUCCAUAUUUAGACGGGCUAGUGAAGGUUCUCUCGAGGGUCACAUUCGCGCUUUCUGAAGAAUCGGGCAAAGCCCGCGGGCUUUGCCAGGAACACAAUCUUGCGGCGCUCUUCAUAGAUCUUUUGCAGGCGAAUGGGCUGGAUAACGUGCAGAUGGUAUCGGCUGUGGCUCUGGAGAAUCUCUCUCACGAAUCGAAGAAUUUGACUAAGCUGCCCGAGUUACCGGCCCCGGGCUUCUGCGCAUCGAUUUUCCCGUGCCUGAGUAAGUCGAGCGUGAUGACUGGGCUUUGCAAGGUCCAUCGAGGUACGUGCUCUUUGAAGGAGACGUUUUGUUUGCUUGAAGGACAGGCGGUGAGUAAAUUAGUGGCGCUUUUGGAUCACACGAAUGAUGGCGUGGUUGAGGCUUCGCUUGCGGCUUUGUCGACGUUGUUGGAUGAUGGGGUUGAUAUAGAUGCGGGUAUUAUGGUGUUGCUUGAUGCGGAUGGGGUUAAGCCGAUGCUCGAUUUGUUGCUUGAGAAGAGGACGGAUAGUCUGAAGAGGAGGGCUGUGUGGGUGGCCGAGAGGCUGUUGAGGAAUGAGGAGAUAGCUAUUGAGGUGACUGAUAAUCCCAAUAUUAGCACGGCUCUUGUCGAUGCUUUCCAGCAUGGGGAUUACAGGACACGGCAGAUUGCCGAGCGUGCUUUGAAGCAUGUCGAUAAGAUUCCGAAUUUCUCUGGUGUAUUUCCGAACCAUGGCUAG